UGAUGAUGACGAUGACGAUGACGAUGACGUUGAAUGGAUUGGUAAAUGAAGAAAUGUUUUUUUUUACAUAUAAAACAUGCACAAUGACAGUGUAUUUCAAAUGGCCAGUUUAUUAAAAUUUGCAUUACAAACAAAUUGAUUUCUAAUGAUAAUUAUGUGGUCAAAUAAUAGAAAAUAUCCACUGGCCACAUGAUCAAUAUUUGAAUUUUGAAUGAGCAAAUUAUUAUUAUUUUGGUUUCGUUUCGUUUCAUUUCAUUUUUAUUUUUGUUGCAUUCAAUUUUUUGUCAUCGCUUUGAAUAUAUGUGUUCUGACUAGAAGAUUAGCAGAUAAAAAAAAAUAAGAUGGCAAUGAUUCAACAGCAUUCUUCGAAUGAUAAAUCAUUAACCACAGCCAAUGGCAUUACUAAUAAUAAGGUGAUAAUUCAUACAUCAAAAAGUGCUCCAUUAGUAGCAAAGAUUCGUCAACGUUUUUUUGAAAAUGAAUGGCCUAAAAAUGCAGAAUCAUAUUGUGAACAAGAUAUUGAACGUGUACGAAAUUCUGAAUGGUUUGUCAAACGAUACCUGUUGCAAAGCCGAAGAAAUGUUGAUGAUGCUUAUGAGCUAUUAAUAUCGGCAUUACGUUGGCGAAAAGAGAUUAAUUUUCCUAAUUUAGAUGCAAAAUAUUUUCCAAGAGAAUUUUUUGAAAUCGGUGGCUUAUUUUCUUAUGAACCAGAUCGACAAGGUAAUCCGGUCAUCUAUCUACGUAUUCGAAUGCAUAAAAAAAUAAAAGACCUAGAACAUUUUGUCAAAUUAUUUUUGUUCUAUACCAUCAAUCGUGUCGAUUUGGAAAGUGGUGAAAAUGGUUGUACAAUUGUUUUCGAUUGUAGUGGUGCCGGUUAUUCGAAUAUGGAUCUUGACCUAUUGAAAAGUCUAAUCGAUGUUGCAUUCAAAUAUUUUCCCUACUGUAUACGAUUGGUUAUUGUUUAUGAACUAUCAUGGAUGUUGAAUGCUUUCCGUAAAAUAGCCAUGACAUUUGUUCCAUCAUUAUUAACUUCAAUCAUACGAUUUUCUAAUAAGAAUGAUAUAAAUCAAUAUAUUACGUCGGAAAAUUUGCCCGAUUUUAUGGGUGGUACUUGUGUACGUGAUUAUCGUGCAGUUCCAGUUAAUUGUCGUACAAUUGAAGAAGCUUGUUUAGAAGUAGGUAUCUCUCCGGAAAAAGCUCAACAACUUUUAGAUCAAUUUGAACCAUUUUUACGUGAAAGUCGUGAAGCAAUUAGAGCUCGACAGCUACAAUUUCAAACAAAAAUGAUUGAUUCCAAUAAUUCUACCAUUAAAUCGGCCAUCCAUGAAUCAACGAAUGGUGAUACUAAUUAUGUUAAUGAACAAAACAAGGAAACAACGAAUGAUGAUGAUGAUGAUGAUAAUGAUGAUGAUGAAGUAAUGGCUACAACUACAACAACAACACCAUCAUCAUCAUCAUCAUCAUUAACAACUGAACAGAUUGCCUUAGUUCAUUCGCCUGAAUCGAAAUCAUUUUCACAUAUAGCUACUAUUUAUCCACAAAAUGUAAUCCACUUUAAAAGACGUUUUUUAUUGAAACGAAAUUUCGACCCAGAAAAGGAAAAUAAUUUUAAUCAAAAUAUGGCAAAAACAGUUACGAAUACGAUGACUACUGCUGCAAUGACGAUGAUGACUACGACGACGACAACAACAACAACAACAACAACAGGCAACAUAAUGGUUCGUAAUAAUCAUCAGAACCGAUCGCUUGCAUUCAAAAUACAAUCCAACUGUUCGGAUAGAUAUACGGUGACGCCCAAUCGAGGCGUACUUUUACCAAGAGCAUUCAUUGCAAUAAACAUUGUUCGUAAUACCACUGCCGAUGAUGAAAACUUGGAUAUGGAUGUGGAUGAUGAUGAUAUUGGCAAAAAUCCAGACCUAAUUAAUGGAAUGAAUGAAAUUCAGGACAAAUUCCUUAUUUUAAUGUCUUCAACAAUGUUGAAUGCACAAAUGCACUUGAAAAAUUUGAAUGAAUUCAAUAAGCUAUUCAUUAAAGGUAUCGACGAUCACCAGAUUUAUAUACACAAACUUUUGGUCAAAUUUGAUAAUGAUAAUAAUGAUGAAUCGUUUAUGAAUAAUAAUAAUGAUGAUGAUGAUGAUAAUAUGAUGAUGAUUCAUCGUCGUAAAAAUCAACAAGGCCAAAAAUGGAAACAUUUAUAGAUGAAAUGAAACGAUUGCGACAAAAAUGUCGCAAACUUGAACAUCGACAAUCAUGGAUGAACAUGUUAUUGAUUAUCAUGAUAAUGCUCACGGUCAUUGUACUAAUAUGGUUAUUUAGUUUUCCCUCGUGUUUAGAUUUCAAUAAUCGUUUAGUCAAAUAUAUGAUGACCAAAUAGUGGAAUCACUGACCGAAAGACCGACUGUGAUCAAUCAUAUAUGUAAAAUGACGGUUUGUUGAACAUUUAUUCUUUAUUUAUCUUUCUGGUUUUUUUUUGAUGUUAUCGUUUAUUAUUAU